GCGGAGAAGUAGGUGCUUUGAUCGUCCAGGUCGAGGUGAGGUAGACCGCGGGGCUCAUGCGAGCUGGGCCAGAGAGAGGACGAGUAGUGGGAGGAGGCUCAGAGGACUCUGUGCGAGAGAAAGGGGUUGGACUGUGGGCAUGGUAGCGGGAGACUUUCCAUCAGGCUGCAGAUCUGAUGUUCGAUUUUGCCAGGCGGUAGUCCAUCCGUUUUGACUGCUUCAGAAAGCAACAAGAGCCAUAUCCGUCCGAUUGGCUACAACGCAGUCAAAAGUUGCCCUUGCGCCGAGCUGUUGGUUGACCGUAGGGCAACGGCAAUUGCAGUCUGGACUAUCAAACACGCUGUCCUUCGUUCGCGGAAGAUUUACCCGUGCGGACCUCUGUUCGUCGAUCUCGUCAAUCUAAUAAUUCUUACGCCAGGAAAAAUGUGAUUUCAGCGCGUGCUUACGCGUGUGUGCAUCUGUGUGCAUGCUUGUGCUCGUUGGCGCGUGUGGGUGCGCACGUGAGCGCGUGCGCCGGUGCUAGCAUUGUGCGCUUAGCACGUGUUCAAAGACAAAGAUAUCUAGCGAAGAGAGAGAGAGAGAGAGAGAGAGAGAGAGAGAGAGAGAGAGAGAGAGAGAGAGAGAGGUUUUGCUGUGAAGCGUUGGAGGUACAACAGCGGAAAUGGGCUCCCGACUACGGGAUAUGAUACGAGCGGUGCGGGCUUGUAAAACGGCAGCUGAGGAGCGGGCGGUGAUUGCCAAGGAGUGUGCGGCCUUGCGAACGGCUUUUAAAGAGCAGGAGAGCGACAACAGACAUCGAAAUGUUGCGAAGCUUAUGUUCAUCCACAUGCUGGGGUACCCGACUCAUUUUGGUCAGAUGGAGUGUCUCAAGCUGAUCGCUGCUGCUAGUUUUCCAGAAAAACGUAUUGGUUAUCUCGGAUUGAUGCUGUUGCUGGAUGAGCGGCAGGAGGUUCUUAUGCUCGUAACCAACUCCCUGAAGAAUGAUCUGAACCAUUCGAAUCAGUACAUUGUGGGCCUUGCACUCUGCGCCAUGGGGAACAUAUGCUCAGCUGAGAUGGCGCGUGAUCUUGCCCCUGAGGUGGAAAAGUUGUUGUCGAACAGCAACUCCUAUAUCAGGAAGAAGGCAGCCCUUUGUGCAAUCCGUAUACUAAGGAAGGUUCCAGAGAUGGUAGAGUUCCUGCUGGGCCCAGCGACAGGCCUGCUGUCCGACAGGCACCACGGAGUACUUAUUGCUGGUAUCAGCCUUGCAAUUGUUCUGUGUAAUUCCAGUCCAGUUGCGUUGGAGCAUUACCGUAAGCAAACACCAACUUUGGUCCGCAUUCUCAAGAGCCUGGUUAUCAGUGGCUAUGCUCCAGAGUAUGACGUUGCUGGAAUCACAGAUCCGUUUUUGCAAGUGAAAGUAUUGCGACUACUGCGGCUGGUUGGCAAAGGCGAUGCAGAAUCAAGCGAUCUCAUGAGUGAUAUAUUAGCACAGGUGGCGACAAAUACCGAGUCGAAUAAGAAUGCAGGAAAUGCCAUUUUAUACGAGUGUGUACAGACUAUAAUGGCUGUGGAGUCGAUAUCCGGACUGAGGGUACUGGCUAUCAAUAUUCUGGGCCGAUUCCUCGGCAAUAGGGACAACAACAUACGGUAUGUUGCAUUGAACACAUUGGUUAAAGUGGUUGCAGUUGACACACAAGCUGUUCAACGUCAUCGACAAACUAUUGUCGAGUGUGUGAAGGAUUCUGAUGUAUCUAUACGUAGGCGUGCGCUCGAGCUGGUCUAUGCGUUGGUGAAUGAGCACAAUGUGAAGACAUUGACAAAGGAGCUGCUGGAGUAUCUGAAAGUGAGCGAUUUGGAAUUCAAGUCGGAUCUGACAUCUAAAAUAUCUUCCCUGGUCCAGAGGUUUGCUCCUAGUAAGCAGUGGCAUAUUGACACUAUGAUUCGUGUAAUGAGUGAGGCCGGGCCAUAUGUGAAAGAUGAGGUUUGCCGAUCUCUUGUGGUGCUCAUUAUGAAUGCUCCUGAACUUCAAGGCUACACGGUGCGAUCCCUGUAUCGUGCAUUUCAAACGGCAUACAAGGGGCAGGAGAGCUUAGCAAAUGUAACGAUGUGGGCGCUUGGAGAAUAUGGUGAAAUGCUUGUGUGUGGUGCGGGGGAACUGGAAGGGGAAGAGCCAACGACGGUGACAGAGUCAGAUAUUGUGGAUACAUUGGAGAACGUGCUCAAGGAUGUGCGAUCAAGCAAUGCGACGAAGGGAUAUGCCUUGGUGUCGCUACUUAAGCUCAGUGCACGCUUCGCGGCUCUUGCCCCGAGAUGCAAAGCACUGAUUGCGCAAUACAAAGGCAGCUUGGUAUUAGAGCUUCAGCAAAGAUCGUGUGAAUUCCACGGCAUUCUGGCGAAACACAGCAACCUCAAAGUACACCUUGCAGACAAGAUGCCAGCACUAGACGAGACAACUUACAGAGCAAAAGGAACAGAUGUUUCUGGCCAGAGAGGGCCAGCAUCAAAUCCCACCUCGCCGACAACUGCUCAUGCGAACGGUCCGUCCACAAGUUCAGCUCAGAAUAAUAUGCUGGCCGAUUUGUUGGAUCUGAGUGUGGACGACACACCUGCAGCUCCUCAAUCACAGUCGGCAGGUAAUAUGCUGCUUGAUCUUCUGUCUGCACCUGUGCCAACUGCCUUCACAUCACCAGCACCUACAACAGGAGGAGCAGACAUGUUGUUGGAUCUUCUUUCGAUGCCUGUGGAUGCGACACCUCCCGCUGCUGCUGUGACUGCUUUACCAACAGCUCUAUCAAAGCCUGUGGCACCACCACCAAUUACCCUACCGAAGUCGGCAUCGGUUCUGCCAAGCUCUGCCAGCGUGGCAAACGGGGUCACCUCAGCUCCAUCGGUGGCGCCAUUGGCUCCAUUGAUAUCCGUCGGACCAAGCACAUCUUCGCCAACCAAGCUUAAAGACCCCUUGGAAGGUAUCUUACAGGAUCUCUUAAAGUCGUCAGCAUCUGACGUCAGCAAAUCAGCCUCUGCACCAUUGCCGGUGUUGUUGUCGGCCUCCACACCGUUGUCCAGCUCCAUGCCUUUGUCUGGCUCCAUGCCGUUGCCGGGCACCUUAUCGUUGUCAGGUUCCCUGCUCUCGUCGGGUUCUUUGCCGAUGCCGGGCUCCAUAGCGGUGUCGAGCUCCUCGUCGCUGUCCAGCUCAAUGCCGUUGUCGGGCUCCUUGGCAUUGUCGGGCUCCUUGUCGGGCUCCUUGCCGUUGUCAGGCUCCAUGUCAAUGUCAGGCUCCAUGCCGAUGUCGGGUUCCUUGCCUUUGUCUGCAUCAGCGCCGUUGCAAGCAGCAGUGCCAUUGUCGACAGCAGCCCCAUUGUUAGCGGCAAUGUCGGCAACAUCUCCUCUGGUCGGUGGGUUGAGCAUUCUGGGAAAUCUGGGUUCAUCCACGCUGCCAGCGGUGCCAGCUCCCUUUCCCGGGAUGGCUUUUAAGCCUGGCUUCAUGCCAGCAGGCUACCCAUCCAUAGUUGCACUUGAGACAAGCGGCGGGCUGAAAGUGGUGUUCGAUUUCAUAAAGCCACCUGGGAAUCCCCAGACGACAAUCAUUUGGAUGACGACAACGAAUUCCUCAAACAAUCCUUUCACAGAGUUUGUCUUCCAAGUUGCUGUGCCAAAGUUCAUGCAGCUCCAAUUAGACCCACCAAGCGGCAGCAGUCUUCCGCCCAACAACGGUGGAAACAUCACGCAGAAAGUCACAGUUACAAACAGCCAACAUGGACAGGCCAGGCAAGGGGAAGAUGGAAACUGUGAAGAGGAGCAUAGAGAGUUAGAUGGGCAGAGAGGUAGAGAUGCAAGCGAUGUGGAGAUGGCAAAAGAGUGGUCAGAUGAUUUGGUGGCAUCAUGUGCUGGGAUGAAUUCAUAGGGAAAAUUGGAUUCAUUUUUUUCGCAUUGAAUUUAUGUUGACACCCGGGAUAAGGCCGGAACUGUAGGGAAUCGACUGAGUAAGAAAGUCGUGAAACCAGGGCAGUCGGUUAGUGUGUAGGGUUUUAAUAUGCAUUUGUGAGCUGUUGCUAGGAGAGUCGUUGAUCAGGUCAUGGGCAAUUCAGAAGCCUUUCUUUCUUUCUUUCUUUCUUUCUUUCUUUCUUUCUGUUUUCUUUUUUCUUUUUCACUAUUCCUUUCUUUUUGAUACGUCGGCAUCGUUGCGUUCUCGGAAGUUUGCGCUUUCAAGUUACGUUAGUUACUCUCUGUGACAUGGUGGGUCAGCGAUUAGGUCUUUAAGAAAAACAGUGUUUCAAGCUAGUUGGCUAGUUAGUUACUCUCCGUGAUAUGGUGGUUCAGCUAUUUGAACGCGUAGACAGACCUUCGGGUGGGCAAGACAGCAGCUAUUAUGUACGUGGAUGCGCAAGGGGGGGACGAUAUCAAGGUCGGUAGACAGACCUUAGGGUGGGCAAGCAGCUAUGCACGUGGACGUGCAAGUGUGCAAGGGGACGAUACCAAGGUCGGAAGAUAGAUCACUACGACGGCCAGAGGAAUUCAGUGCCCAUUUGAAUGGGUAGACAGACCUUGUUAUGCGGUGGGCAUACAUUAUUGCGCUGAUCAGAGUUAUUCGGUGGCCAUUGGAGAGGCUGGGGCAUUCAUUACCUUGUUGUAUACUAAGGUACAGCCAGCUGGAUAUACAUGUGUUAUGUCGGCAAUUAUCGUCGUAACUUGUGGAGGGUUGAGCCCGUUCGCGUAUAGUACGAGGGGGGGAUGUCAGGAACGUAACGAGGAGGGGCUGGGGAGAGCGAGGUACUGGGUGUAAGAUGAUGGACGUUGCUCAGUGUCUCCGCAAUGGGGGCAGCAACCAAGAAAGACAUUGGCAUAUUACUCUGCUGACUUCAACCAGAAUUCGCCUGCAGGGUAGGUAGGUAUAUACGGCACAACAGUCUAUGUGUGAUGUACCCGCCCAUACACGUGGGCCUUUCAACAGCUUUUGACGCAAAGUUCUGUCGUUUCCUUGCGCAAUCCCGAGGUGCGGAAUCGCAAAUGGUUUUAGAGGAUAUUGAAGCAAGGUAAACAGAGAUAUCAUUACUUGGGAAUAUCAUAUCUGAAUCUAUCAAACACACAAUAAGGCAGACCGGACUUGAUCUUCUACUACAAAUUCAGUUUGCCCGCCCGGGUUCACUAUAAUAAUACGACACUACAUAACAAACAAAGGUAUCUAUC